AUGGUUAAUUAUAAUAUAGAAUACGAGAAUGUAAAAAAGAAGCAGGGAAUAAAAUCAAGUAUUGACGUGAAUUCCAACGAUGAGCAAUUAUCUAUUCCUCUUGGAGACCAAAAUAAAGCAAUAUAUAGACAGGAAUUCAUGGUCUUCUUAAUGAAUUUUGGACUAUUAACUGGUGGCAUAAGUUUGGCAUUACCAUCUGUAACAUUGGAUCAGCUUACAAAUCCUACUGCAGAUGUCUAUUUAGACAAAACACAAGCUUCAUGGUUUGCUUCUUGCAGCUCAUUAGCAUGUCCCUUUGGGGGCAUUAUUUGUGCCUUAAUGGUGGACAGAUAUGGAAGAAAAAUGACAAUAAUUGUGACAAACAUUUUAGGCAUUCUUGGUUGGAUUUUGAUGGCUUUUCCUUUGAAAAGUGGUAAUUCUGAUUUCGUGUUUAUGCAACUAAUAGCCUCGAGAUUAAUGAGCGGUGUUGUCAAGGGAAUGGGUGGUGCAGCUGCAGUUGUUUAUGGGGCAGAAAUUUGCUUGCCAAAAAUAAGAGCUAGACUUAUAAUGGCCGUAUCGAUGGCUAUGGCUUGUGGAGUACUUUUCAUAUACCUUUUAGGGUACUUUAUAAGGGACGACUGGAGACUUUUGGGUAUGGUCCUAUUGGGAUAUCAGAUAAUCUCUUUGAUAUCCAUGAUUCCAGUGAUAGAAUCUCCAAGAUGGCUUAUGUCAAAAGGACGUCUUGAAGAGUCUAAAGCUUCAUUGUCAUUCUUUAGAGGUCUUGAUUCGGGUGAAACUCAUAAUGAAGUUGAAGCUGAAUACAUUCUCCUUGCUAAAAAGGUUCCAAAGAAAAAAGGUGAUGCCAAAGUAUCAAGUUGGAAGUCUAUAACUCUUCCUGAAGUCUAUAAGCCAUUGAUGCUGGCCAUUAUCUUCUACAUCCUUCAACAAUUCGCAGGCACUUUUGUCGUAAUUGUGUAUGCAGUUCAAAUACUUGAAAAAUCCGGCUUACACAUUGAUCCGUAUUUAUGUGCUGUUUAUAUUGGCAUAGCUAGAUUUUUUGUUGCCACAUUUCUUAUGACCUGGCAACUGGAGACAUGGACUCGUCGCCAAGUUGGAAUUUCCUCAGCAAUCAGUAUGGCAUGCUGUAUGUUUGUUCUUGCUGCAUCGGAUUGGAUAAGUUGGUUGCAAAUGUCGUAUCUGACAGUUGCAGUGAUGAUAGCUUUUGUUAUUUCAUGCGGUGGACUAUGGGCCUUACCAUUUGUUAUAUGCUCGGAAAUAUUUCCACAAAAUAUUCGAGGUGCAUGUUGUGGAGUUACUGAUGGAUUUGCUUAUUUUAUGUCAUUUGUAACGAUAAAAUUGUUUCCAACGAUGAUUGAUGAGAUGGGAAGCGGAAAUGUGUUUGCGUUUUAUGGUGUAACAGCACUUUUGACAGCAUUGUUUAUGUUUUUGUGUAUACCAGAGACGAAAGAUAAAACUUUACAUGAAAUUGAAGAAUAUUUUCAAAAAAGUCGAAGAAAAGAAUCCAAGGAUUUGAUGGUGGAAGAAGAAUUGAGAGAUGUUUAUUAAAGUUAAAA